AUGGAGGACGAGGAGGCAGCGGAGGGGGCGGCGAAGGCUCCUGCAGGCCAGGAAACUGAGGAGAUGAAGCUGGAGCCAUCACAAGAGCGUAAGCCUGUGCCAGAGGAGAACUUGACGUGGAGCAGCAACUGCGGAGAUAAGAAGGUGCUCCCUUCAACGCCCCCUCGCUGGCAGAGCAGCUCCUUGUCCCUUUGCCCACGCCGCAAGCCCCGCCCUCGGCCCCAGCUCCGUGCCCGCUCCCGAGGCCCGCCCGGGCCUUCAGCCCCACCCCCGACCCCUCCCCAUCUUCCCCCACUACCGCUGCGGCUCCGGCCCUGGCGCAGACCUCUGCGUAGAUCCCGGCAGGCGCCCAGGCCCCCAGCGCGGCAAAGCUGUUUUGGUGACAUAGGCAGUUCUGGGGAUCGAAGUGGCUUUGGGGACUGGCUGCUGGAGGUGGAGUUUGAUCAGGGUCCAGCAGGCUGCUGUCAUGUGGAGAGUUUUAAAGUAGUGAAGAACUGGCAGAAGAACCUUCGACUCAUCUACCAGCGUUUCGUCUGGAGUGGGACCCCAGAGACUAGGAAGCGUGGCUUGCAGUCAGAUGUCACAUGUCAAGCUUGCCAUAGCGUCUCCACCACAAUAGAUCCAUGCUGGGACAUUAGUUUGGACUUGCCUGGCUCUUGUGCCACAUUCAGUUCCCAGAGUCCAGAGAGAGCUGACAGCACAGUGAGUAGGAAUGACCACAUACCAGGAAUCCCCUCACUCACUGAUUGUCUACAGUGGUUUACAAGGCCAGAACACCUAGGAAGCGGUGCCAAAAUCAAAUGUAGUAGUUGCCAAAGCUACCAAGAAUCUACCAAACAGCUCACAAUGAAGAAGUUACCCAUUGUGGCCUGUUUUCACCUAAAGCGGUUUGAACAUUUAGGCAAACAAAGACGAAAGAUUAAUACUUUUAUCUCUUUUCCCUUGGAGCUGGACAUGACUCCAUUUUUGUCCUCCACUAAAGAGAGCAGAAUGAAAGAUGGCCAACCACCAACAGAUUGUGUGCCCAAUGAGAAUAAGUAUUCCUUAUUUGCAGUGAUUAAUCACCAUGGAACUUUGGAAAGUGGACACUAUACCAGCUUUAUCCGGCAACAAAAGGACCAGUGGUUCAGCUGUGAUGAUGCAGUCAUCACCAAGGCUACCAUUGAGGACUUACUCUACAGUGAAGGAUAUUUACUGUUCUAUCACAAACAGGGUCUAGAGAAAGACUAGUCUUAUCAGACCACUUACCAGAACAAAGAAAGAGAAAUAAAUAGGCAAGGAUCCUGCCGUGAAACAAACCUGCCUACCUAUACAACAGUGAGCACCUCUUGAAAUAUCACAAAAACCUCCUGAAAUGGACAAUGACAACAGCACCUAUAUUACAAUUGGUACCUUGAUAUAAAGAACAUUUUACCAUGGCCUGUGGGAAAAAUGAAUACUAGCUAGUGACCAGCCUUAAAUGGGAGGAGGGAGGAGGGAGGAACGGUUGAAAAUGGUCACAUAUAGCAUAAUUAAAAUGUUUUAGGUGGGGAAAUUGUGAAUAGAGAUGUUUUGGCGCUACUAUGUCAUUUGUUCUACAAAACUAUUGUGAUAUUGUGGGAAAUUGGGGUAUUCGUCAGCAAAAAGCUUCACAAUUGGUGUUCCAGCUGUUGCUGACCUACUAGUUUAGGAAAAAAAGAUAGUAUUUUGAAAGAAAAUUUUAAAAGCUUUAAAAGGAAAACUUUUAACACAUUUUUUAUUUUAAAACAAUGUUUU